AUGGCCCCAAACAUCCCCCCACUCAUCGCUCUCGAAGAGCACUUCAUCGCCCCAGCCCUUCUCCCCGAGCUCUCCGACAUUUACGCAGAACAACUCAAACACCUCCCCGACAUCGCCGCGCGCCUCACGGACGUCGGCCCGCUCCGCCUCGCCGACAUGGACAAGAACCACAUCGCGCUGCAAGCCGUCUCCCACGCGCCGGGCCUCGCCCCCCGCCCAGCGCGGAUGAGCGUCCUCGCCAACGACACCCUCGCCGAGUCCAUUCGCGCGCACCCGCACCGCUUCGUGGGCCUGGCGGUGCUGCCGAUGGCGGAUCCCCCGGCUGCGGCGGCGGAGCUGAGGAGGUGCGUUAAGGAGUUGGGGUUUGUGGGCGCGCUGGUUGAUGCACACGCCGAUGGGACGCAUUACGACGCCGAGAAGUUCUGGGAGGUUUUCAGGGUCGCGGCGGAGCUGGACGUGCCGAUCUAUCUGCACCCGACGUGGCCAUCGCAGGUGCAGCAGGAGGCGUACGACGGCAACUUUGAGCUCGGGGCGGCGAAGAGCUUGGGGACGAGCGGGUUUGGGUGGCAUCAGGAGACGGGCCUUGCUGUGCUCAAACUCUUCGCUGCGGGGCUGUUUGACGAGGUCCCCGGGGUGAAGAUUGUGAUUGGGCAUUUUGGGGAGAUGCUGCCGUUCAUGAUGGAGCGGGUUGACAAGUUGUCGGUGAGAUGGGGGCCCAGGAGGAGGGCGUGGAAGGAGGUCUGGGAGGGGAAUAUUUGGCUUACCACGAGCGGGGUCUGGGGCAUGGCGCCGCUCGCUUGUGUGUUGCGGAAUACGCCUAUUGAGCAUGUGCUGUACAGUGUCGACCACCCUUUUGAGAAGAGCGAAAACGGGGUCAAGUGGAUGGAGGAGUUGAAGGGGAGCGGGCUGGUAGGAGAGCGCGAGUUGGACAUGAUUGCCCAUGGGAAUGCUGAGAGGUUGUUCCGGGUCAGGAUCGAAGAUGGGCAGCUCGGAUGA